GAAAGUGGGGGGCGGCCAGACUCCGCCCCCCCUGCUGCGGCUGCCAAUCAGCUCCCAGGACGGCCCCUUCUUCGCCCCCCUCUGCACCACAGACCACCUUCCCGCUACGGGGCUCCUACCAACGUCGCCACCAAUUUCCAAAUCCCCAGGCUGUCUGUUCCUUUUCCUCGGCAAGUCUCCCCAGCGGAGUCCUUCCCCCUCCGAAGGAGCCCGUGUGGAAAUUGCUGGACAACCGACACCCAUCCAGCCAUGGCGACCCCGUCAGCUGCUUUUGAGGCCCUUAUGAAUGGAGUGACCAGCUGGGAUCUCCCUGAAGAUGCUGUCCCAUGUGAACUGCUUCUUAUUGGAGAGGCCGCCUUCCCAGUGAUGGUGAAUGACAUGGGCCAAGUCCUUAUUGCAGCGUCCUCCUACGGCCGAGGCCGCCUGGUGGUAGUGUCCCACGAGGACUACUUGGUGGAAGCCCAGCUCACUCCCUUUCUCCUCAAUGCAGUGGGGUGGCUUUGUUCUUCCCCUGGGGCUCCUGUGGGUGUGCACCCAUCCCUGGCGCCUCUGGCCAAAAUCCUCGAGGGCUCGGGAGUGGAGGUGAAGCUUGAGCCAGAAGUGAAAGACUCCCUGGGGGUUUACUGCAUUGACGCCUACAACGAGACCAUGACCGAAAAGCUGGUCAAGUUCCUGAAACGUGGAGGAGGCUUGCUCAUUGGCGGCCAGGCCUGGGAUUGGGCCAACCAGGGCGAAGAUGAAAGGGUUCUGUUCAUGUUCCCUGGGAACCUCGUGACCAGCGUGGCGGGCGUGUACUUCACUGACAACAAAGGAGACACAAGUUUCUUUAAGGUGUCUAAGAAGAUGCCCAAGAUCCCAGUCUUAGUGAGUUGUGAAGACGAUCUCUCCGAGGACAGAGAGGAGCUUCUGCACGGGAUUUCAGAGCUGGACAUCAGCAACUCGGAUUGUUUUCCAUCCCAGCUGCUAGUGCACGGGGCUCUAGCCUUUCCCCUGGGGUUAGACACCUACCACGGCUGUGUUAUAGCGGCUGCCCGCUAUGGCCGCGGCCGAGUGGUCGUGAUGGGCCACAAGGCCUUAUUCACCGUGAGCAAACUGGGCCCCUUUCUGCUCAAUGCCGUGCGUUGGCUGGACGCGGGGCGCCGAGGCAAGAUCGUGGUGCAGACAGAACUGAGGACAAUGAGCAGCCUGCUCGCGGUGGGGGGCAUAGACACCAGCAUUGAGCCCCAUCUGACCAGCGAUGCCAGUGUCUACUGCUUUGAGCCCAUGAGUGACGUGGGAGUCAAGGAGCUGCAGGAGUUCGUGGCCGAGGGUGGGGGACUGUUUGUUGCAGCCCAAGCCUGGUGGUGGGCCUUCAAGAACCCCGGAGUGUCCCCUCUGGCUCGGUUCCCAGGAAAUCUCCUCCUCAACCCCUUUGGCAUCAGCAUCACAAGCCAAAGCCUCAACCCCGGGCCCUUCCGUACUCCGAAAGCCGGGAUAAGGACCUACCACUUCCGCUCCACCCUGGCCGAGUUCCAGGUUAUAAUGGGCAGGAAGAGAGGCAAUGUAGAAAAGGGGUGGCUGGCGAAGCUGGGGCCGGACGGCGCCGCUUUCCUACAGAUCCCCGCGGAAGAAGUCCCUGCCUACAUGUCUGUGCAUCGGCUCCUGCGGAAGCUGCUGAGCCGGUACCGGCUCCCCGUGGCCACCCGAGAGAACCCAGUCAUCAAUGACUGCUGCAGGGGUGCCAUGCUGUCCCUGGCCACGGGUCUGGCCCACUCUGGAAGUGACCUCUCUCUGUUAGUCCCGGAAAUUGAAGACAUGUACAGCAGCCCCUAUCUGCGCCCCUCGGAAUCCCCUAUCACUGUUGAGGUCAACUGCAACAAUCCAGGCACCCGGUAUUGCUGGAUGAGCACCGGGCUCUACAUUCCUGGAAGGCAAAUUAUAGAGGUCUCACUGCCUGAAGAUGCUGCCUCCGCAGACCUGAAGGUACAGAUUGGCUGCCACACUGACGACCUGACCAGGGCCAGCAAGCUGUUCCGAGGCCCACUGGUGAUCAACCGGUGCUGCCUGGACAAACCCACAAAAUCGAUCACCUGCCUCUGGGGCGGCCUCCUCUACAUCAUCGUGCCUCAGAGCAGCAAGCUGGGUUCCGUGCCCGUCACUGUGAAGGGGGCUGUGCAUGCUCCGUUCUACAAGCUGGGGGAGACAUCCCACGAGGAGUGGAAGAGGCGUGUGCAGGAGAAUCCAGGCCCCUGGGGAGAACUGGCCACGGACAACAUCAUCCUGACAGUGCCAACCGCCAACCUUCGCACCCUGGACAACCCCGAGCCCCUGCUCCGCCUCUGGGAUGAGGUGAUGCAGGCUGUGGCCCGGCUGGGGGCUGAGCCCUUCCCCUUGCGGCUGCCACAGAGGAUUGUCGCUGAUGUGCAGAUCUCAGUAGGCUGGAUGCAUGCAGGGUACCCCAUCAUGUGCCACCUGGAGUCGGUGCAGGAGCUCAUCAAUGAGAAGCUCAUCCGAACCAAGGGGCUGUGGGGCCCUGUCCAUGAGCUCGGCCGCAACCAGCAGCGGCAGGAGUGGGAAUUCCCCCCGCACACCACCGAGGCCACCUGCAACCUGUGGUGCGUUUACGUGCACGAAACGGUCUUGGGCAUUCCUCGAAGCCGUGCCAACAUCGCCUUGUGGCCCCCAGUUCGGGAGAAGAGAGUCAGAAUCUACCUGAGCAAGGGACCCAAUGUGAAGAACUGGAAUGCGUGGACAGCACUGGAAACAUAUUUACAGCUACAGGAAGCCUUUGGUUGGGAGCCAUUCAUCCGUCUCUUUGCUGAGUAUCGGAACCAGACCAACUUACCCACGGAUAAUGUUGACAAAAUGAAUCUGUGGGUGAAGAUGUUCUCCCACCAAGUGCAGAAGAAUCUGGCUCCCUUCUUCGAGGCCUGGGCCUGGCCGAUCCAGAAGGAAGUGGCUACUAGCCUGGCCUACCUGCCUGAAUGGAAGGAAAAUAUUAUGAAAUUGUACCUCCUCACACAGAUGUAAGGAGUGCCCAGCGAGGUGGCAGGCCCCACUGAAAUGGAAGUCAAGAAAUGCAAAAGAAACAUCUCAGUAAAGAAAACUGAAGGCAUUUGGUUAUGAGUGAAGGAGACCUCAGCACAUUUCCAGAAGAGAGAAAGUGGAUGAAGCAUGAAAAAGAAUGAAAGAGUGAAGGUACCUUUCAGACAGAGUAUAAGCUGAUCUGAACAACAUAACCCAGAGAGACGGGCAUCUGAAAAAUCUAUCUGCUAAAGAAUUAUACCAGUUGUAAAAUUGAACCCCAUCCCACUCUAUCCCAUCCCUUGUGCAUAGAAUACAGGCAGUCAAUUAUUGGUACCAGUGAAAAAUCUGUUGUUGCUGUUGUUGUUAUUGUUGUUGUUGUUGUUUAUAUAAAGGAACUGAAUAAACUGCCUGGGGAGAGGUAGGAGUUGGUGCUCCAGAAUGAUAUUUCUCUUUUUGUGGAAAUAAGCGACCCCUUAGCCUAUCAGCUAAUUCUCUGACAGUUGAGGCCCCCUACUCAAGUAACCAAGUGUUUUCAGUCACAGAAGAGACUGAGUGGAAAAACAGACCAAACCAUACAAUGGCAGAGGAAACGUACACCAACUCCUAUAAAAGUCAACUGUUGUACUGGUGCUGAAAUGCAAAUGGCCAACUAGGAAUUCCCAGACAUUGAACCCUGGGGGUUGGAGGGUGGGAGGGAGGACCUGGGGAGGAGCAUGUAAGAAAAAAUUACCAAAUAGAAUUAGGAGAUUUGAAAACUACAACAAAUUCUGGGGGAAAUAAAGUUAAAAUGGAAAAAGUAACUUUAAAAUCUAGCUAUAACUUCAGAGAGAGCUGAGGUAUAUUUGUAAAAUGAAAACAGGAUGCUACAAAGAAGAGAAAAACUCUGACAAUGAGGAGAGCCCUUUGAAAGCGAAGUAAGAUUGUAAAAAAUACUCCGUAGGUAGGCUAGGAAAAAAGUUGAGAGUAUCUCCAUAGAUAUAGAGGAAAAAGAAAGUUCAGGCAAUAUGAAGAAAGGAAAGAGACCUAGACAAUCAAUAGCUGACCAUUAGGAAUUUCUGGAAGAGAAAACAGGAAAAUAUAGGUGAAGGGAAAAAAUGAUUGAAGAUCAGAAAGAACUAAGUCUCCAGAUCCUGGGGACCCCAGUAAAACCUACAUCAAGACACAAUCUUGUGAAAUUUUGGAAUUAAGGAUAAAGGGAAGAUACUGAAAGUGCCCAGAGAGAAAAUAAAAUUAGGCCAUUGUAAUUAGCUAAAAAGGGAUGAGAAAUAGACUGGCAGCAGAUUUUUCAUUAGCAACACUGAAAGCCAGAAGCCAAUGGAGCAAUGUCUUCACAUAUCUUAUAAAAAACAUUGUACCCAGAAUUCCAUAGCAAGCCAAACUAUCCAAUCAAGUGAAAACAAAGAUAUUUUCUGACAUGCAAUUUUUCAGAAAGUUUAGCUUCUUUGCACCCUUACUGAGGAAGUACCUUGAGGAAAUUCUCCAGCAAAAUGAUAAGAACCAGAAAAGAAGAAGAAAUGGAAUCCAGAAAACGAUGGGCCUCACCCAGGAUGUACCACUCCAGAGUGACACUUAUCCAACAGGAUAUCUCACUCUAGAGUGACAAUUGUCCAGCAGACAAACCCAGUUCAGCCAUGAGUACAUAAUCUCAGGCACGCUGGGAGGAGUACACGUUUUAUGCCAUAGAUAGUAUCCUUGAGAAGAUGGAAUGUUUGAGAAUAUGGACAACGUACACUAUUUAGUCAACAAAGAAGAAAACAAAACAAAAAUAUGUCAAGAAUUUAAAGUCCAUUUAUGAAAAGACAACAAAAAUACUCAUGGAAUGUAAGAAGAGACUCAAUCUGACAUUGGCGGUAGGUAUAUUUCCUUUCAAGUGCCACAGACAUGACAUUGAAUGUACGUGGAAGAAAAUCUUCUAGUUUUUACUUGGCUCUCACUAAACAGUAUUUACAAAGCCAAAAUAAUGUAGAUGCUAUUUCCUGGCACUUAGUGUUCUGAUCAGCCUAUAGAUAAAACAUGGAAGGCUUAAUUUUUUAUUCAGAAAUGAAAGUAGUUAAUCCUGACAAAUUACGGAAAAACUGAGCAGAAGAGGUUGAGAAUUUGCUGUAGGAAGAGAGGUGGAAGGAAGAGUAGGGCUACUUAUAUAUUGAAAGUGGGGAUGAAGAAAGGAAGUCUACAGUUCAUGGAAUAAAAACUGGAGGAUUGGUAUGCUGUUUAAAGCUAAAAAUUAAACCAAUAAAUAAAAAUGAUACCUAUCAAAACUUUCAGGAAGGAUAGGCAAAGGAAAGGUGGAGAUAGUGUAAGUCAAAUCCUUAUCUUUUGUAAUGGUGUAUUAUUAAAGAUUGUCUAAAGUUAAUAUGCCAAGAAAUUAUUGUUCAAACAUAUUUAAUGUUAGGAAGUUAGUUAACAGAAUAUCUAAAAAUAGAAAUUGUUAAAUGCAUUGCCUCUGGUGAAUGGGACUAGGGCUAAAAAGGGUGGGGUAGGGAACUGUGCUUUUCAUUUCAGGUCCUCUGUACUAUUUAAUUUUUUACCUUGUGCAUGCAUU